UGUCGUGGUGAACAGUUGGUGCCGCUUGCCCGCUUGUGGCAGAGCAGCAACCAUGAUUUAUGUUUCAGUUAUCAGGCAGCUGACUUCAGCUCUUUGGGUCAUUUUCUCAUGUUCCGGAACGUGAUUCCCGCCCCCCCCCCCCGCCCCUUGGGAGCUUUAAGGGCUGUGAGCUCCUCCUCGAGUGGCCCCGUCUGUACUUAAGUAGGGAAGCUCAAGGGAGGAGACAGGUGCCCUCUGGCAGCCUCUCUUCACUCCCUCUCUGAUCUUCCUAGUUGCCCAUUCACCUGCUGGAGACAGUGCCCCCUCUGUCUGUCUGUCUGUCUGUCUGUCUCUCUCUCUCUUUCCUUUUCUCUCUGAACUUUUUUGGUUAUAGAAACUUCCUACCCACAGAAAUAGAGACACCUAUAGAAUGAAUACCCACAGGUGCAGAGGACUUGAGAAAGUCUCCCCAUUCUUUUUAAGCAAAUCCCAGAAGCUGUUAUAGUACAGUAGGUAAUUAUUUCAGCAUCACUCCUCCUUAAUCCCCUAAUCCCCUCCAGCUCUCAUCCCUCACACCCAUCAUUGGCUGACCUCUCCCCUCACCACUACCCUGGGAAAGUAGAAAGUCGAUCCCUCCUUGUUUCCUUCUUGUCUCUCAGAGAACAGCACCCUUUUCCUCAAAUGUAAAGUUUAGAUGUGAUAGCCAGGAUCCCAGGCUGGCCUUCAGUGCCCUUUAACAUCUACUGUAAUUGUGACAGUGUUCUGUGAUUAUCUACCUACCUACCUACCUAUCUAUCUAGUACAAUUUCCCAGCAUUUCCUCUACAUUAUGCUUGAAGUAGACGUUGUGGACUAUAAACUCACCCUUACCGCUGCUGGGAGUCUAGGAACAUAGCCCCCUCUUUUUUCACACAGAAACAAACCAACCAGAAGGAGAGCAGGGAAAAACAAGCAAACCAAACCACAAUAACGAACUGUCUAUCUUGACCAUGCAGGAGCCACGCUGUUCCCCCAGAGCCAGCUUACAAGCUUCACUAAAGAUCUCAUGGAAAAUGUUUAUGGUAAUCCUCACAGCCAGAACAGCAGCAGCAGACUCACCCAUGACACGGUGGAGCAGGUGCGCUACAGGAUCCUGGCACACUUCCACACCUCCCCAGAGGACUACACUGUGAUUUUCACGGCCGGGAGCACAGCUGCUCUUAAACUGGUGGCAGAGGCUUUCCCGUGGGUGCCCCCAGGCCCGGAAAGCAGCGGGAGUCACUUCUGUUACCUCACUGACAGCCACACAUCUGUGGUGGGCAUGAGGGAGGUCGUCGCGGCCAUGAACAUCACUUCCAUCCCAGUCAGGCCAGAGGACAUGUGGCUGGCGGAAGAACAGGAUGCUACCGCUGCCAGCGACCCCGACGGCCAGCCUCUGCAUCUCUUCUGCUACCCAGCUCAGAGUAACUUUUCCGGGACCAGGUACCCCCUGUCCUGGAUAGAAGAGGUCAAGUCCGGGCGGAUGUGCCCCGUGGGCGGGCCUGGGAAGUGGUUCGUGCUGCUGGAUGCGGCUUCCUACGUGGGCACCUCGCCUCUGGACCUGUCGGUUCACCGGGCAGACUUUGUCCCCCUCUCCUUCUAUAAGAUCUUUGGCUUCCCCACUGGCCUGGGCGCCCUGCUGGUGAAUAGCCGCUCAGCUCCUCUGCUGAGGAAAACCUACUUUGGAGGAGGCACAGCCGCUGCAUACCUUGCAGAAGAAGACUUCUAUACCCCCAGAGAGUCAGUGGCUGAAAGAUUUGAAGAUGGUACCAUCUCCUUCCUUGACGUGAUAGCGCUAAAACAUGGAUUCGAUGUCUUAGAGCGCCUCACAGGUGGAAUGGAGAACAUCAGGCAGCACACCUUUACCCUGGCUCGGUACACCUACGCCGCCCUGUCCACCCUUCGGUACCCCAACGGAGCCCCUGUCGUGCAGAUUUAUAGCGACUCUGAGUUCAGCAGCCCAGAGGUUCAGGGUCCGGUCAUCAGCUUCAACGUGCUCGAUGACAAUGGGAACAUCAUUGGUUACUCCCAGGUGGAUAAAAUGGCCAGUCUUCACAACAUCCACGUGCGAACUGGCUGCUUCUGUAACACUGGGGCCUGCCAGAGACACCUGGGGAUAAGUGAUGAGAUGGUCAAGAAGCAUCUUCAGGCUGGUCAUCUCUGCGGUGACGAUGUGGACCUCAUAGAUGGGCAGCCGACGGGAUCUGUGAGGAUUUCGUUUGGAUACAUGUCUACGCUUGAGGAUGCCCAGGCCUUUCUCAGGUUCAUCAUAGCAACCCGACUGCGCCCGUCUCAUGGCCAGCCUCUCCCUCUGGCCACGCCUGGGGAGGCUGGAGCCCUGUCAGCAGAGAGCCUGCCUGCCACCAGGGCCAGACGUAGUCCCUCACCUCAGGAAGAUGCUUCCCCAGACUCCAGGGUUUGGGACAACGCACCCACCACUGUGGAUGCUGUGAGUUUGCGCCCACCUCUGCUGGAGACCACCAGAACCCAGCAGACCCCUUCAGAGAAAGCUGCAGGCAUCCUGGAUGGGGGCCUUGGGUCACACAUCGUCACCAACCUUUUCCUCUACCCAAUCAAAUCCUGUGCCGCAUUUGAGGUGACCAGGUGGCCUCUAGGAAAUCAAGGGCUGCUGUACGACCGGAGCUGGAUGGUUGUGAAUCACAACGGUGUUUGCCUGAGUCAGAAGCAGGAACCCCGGCUCUGCCUGAUCCAGCCCUUCAUUGACCUGCAGCGAAGGAUCAUGGUCAUCAAAGCCCAAGGGAUGGAGCCUAUAGCGGUGUCACUUGAGGAGAACAGCAAACCGGCUCAGAUUUGCCAAAGCAAGGUCUGUGCGGACAGGGUAAAUACUUAUGACUGUGGAGAAAAAAUUUCAAGCUGGUUGUCAAAGUUUUUUGGCCGUCCAUAUCAUUUGAUCAGACAAAGUUCAGACUUUCAAAGAAAUGCAAGGAAGAAAGGAGGCAAAGAUCAAUCUGCUUGUACAACAGCCACCCUCUCUCUGGUGAAUGAGGCACAGUAUCUGCUGAUAAACAGAUCCAGUGUUUUGGAACUUCAGCAGCAAUUAAGCACCAGUGAUGAGAAUGGAAAGGAAGAAUUAUUCCCAGUGAACAAUCUCAUCUCGCGUUUCCGUGCCAAUAUUAUUACCAGUGGAACAAGGGCUUUUGAAGAAGAGAAAUGGGAUGAAAUUUCGGUUGGUUCCUUGCAUUUCCAGGUUUUGGGACCUUGUCACAGAUGCCAGAUGAUUUGCAUUGAUCAGCAAACUGGGCAGAGAAACCGAAAUGUUUUCCAAAAACUUUCUGAGAGGCGAGAGAGAAAGGUGAACUUUGGGCUAUACCUGAUGCAUACCUCUUUGGAUUUAUCUUCUCCAUGUUACCUGUCUGUAGGAUCUCAGGUGCUCCCUGUGUUGAAAGAAAACAUAGAACACUAUGAUUUACCUGCUUCUGAGAAACAGCAGGAAGUUAACUCCUAAAGUUUUUUUCAGCAUAUAUUAAAAUUUCUCUUUUACAACUA